AUGGGUCAACAACGAUCUCCGACAGCUUUCAAAGUUUAUCGUGUAGAACAUGAAGUGAAUGCGAGUCCUAUAGAACUGGACGAUGUUGGCGUAGACAACACGUCAUGGACUUACGAUGAUUCAGCAGGCAUUCGUGAUUAUUUUCGAUUUUUUCGUGGAAAUCAUCUUGCGGCGCGCUUAAUUGGUCAGACUUUUAUAGUGACGUCAAGGUCACACUAG